GCCGUUGGUAGAGAAACAGCCAACACAGCACACACACAUACACACCAACCACAGCCUUGACGCAUCCAGCCGAUGGGGCCGCCACCGCCAUUGGACGGAUGCUUUUGUUUGUGCAGAAAGGAAAAGCCCCAACUCUACUCGAUGAAUCCCGCAAGUGGCUGGUCGAUUACUGAGGGGUGUGUGGAUGUGUGUGGGUUGCACUGUGCCCCCGCUCUUGCUGGAGCUUCCCCUCCGCCUGUGUUUAUUAUGACCAUACCAGCUCUCUGCGCUCGCGCAAUCCUUCCUGUCCGCGGAUCUCGCACAUACCGCUCGCUCUUCUCCGACUCCGGAUCCCACCACACGGCGCCGAGCUGAAACAUGUACGCUGCUACUAAUCCCAACGGAUUCUGGGAGCACCUGUUUCCCGGGGCUGCCGGUGUCCCUCACACUUUCCCGCGCGAUGUCCCUCACUGGCCGCCGGCGCCGGGCCCACCCGCUGCCAAAGCGUUCCCGGAAACGUUCACACCGCGCUACUCGCACCGCUCCAUCUCUCCCAAGCUAUGCGUCGGCUGCGGCGACUUCGCACCCAUCUACUUCCACGAGACGCCCGGUCUCUCAAUCCUCGCACGGCGCGUGCACCAGCGCUGCUAUAUCUGCCUGACGUGCAUCCAGUCACGGAUCUCUGGCACAGUAUCCGGCACAUGGGUGCGCUGCCCCGGCUCCCUCUGCAGCCGCGAGCUCAGCAACGCCGACAUCCGCAUCCUCUUCCGCGCGAACGAGCACGGCGAGAGCCGCGACAUGCCACUACCCUCACCCGGCACACUCUUCCCGGCCACACACGCGCCCGUCAAGUGCUGCACCUGCCUCGAGACCGACCCAUCAGGCGGCUUCGCCCCCCGGCUAACCGACAACUGCCGACACCACCCCACACUCUGCUUUGGGUGUCUGCGGGCGAUGCUCUCGCACGCGCUCGACGGGAAGGCAUGGGUUGAUCCCGCGUGCCCGGACUGUCGACAGCCGCUCUCGGCCGCAGACGUAAAGCGCUUCGGCACCGCGACGCAGAUGAAAACGUUUGCGGACCGCGCGGCGCGCCGCUUCCUGCAGGAUAAUCCCGACUGGCUGAUGUGUCCCAACGGCUGGUGCGGGCAGCUGCAGAAACAUGAGGGCGGAGCCGCUCGCCCCUGGCUGCAGUGUCUCGCUUGCGGAUCGUUCAUGUGCUUCAACCAUCGCGACGAGCCGUAUCAUGCCGGACUGUCGUGCGCGGAGGUGGAUGAUGCGAGGAAUAGGGUCAUGCAGGAGGGCAUACAAAUGAGCGAGGAACUGGUCCGCAGCAUCUCAAAGGUUUGCCCGAACUGCCAGUUCGAUAUCCAUAAAACUGGCGGAUGCGAACAUAUGACCUGCGGAAAGUGUAAGUACGAGUUCUGCUUCCUGUGUCUGGCGUCGUACGAAAAGAUUAGAGCCAUUGGGAACACGGCGCAUGUGAGGUCCUGUGCGCAUUAUGCAUGAGGAGCGUGGGUGUUGGAUAUAUGUACAUAUGGAGUUUUUUCCUUGCACCAAAGGGGGGGAUCGUGAAGAAUGAUUGCGUGUAAGCGAAUCGUUUUUUUCUAGGGGAGAGGUGAAUUAAAUAUACUGAGAAUGAGC